UGAUGGAAGUGAAUGAAGACAAACAGCAUCAGUUUCAGAAACCUCAUUAUUUCACAAAUGAAGAUGGAAAUGCAGUCGUUUCAAAGACUGAAGAGAAUUUCAGACAGAAACAAGCUGGAAAAUCUGGAGUCAAAGGAUCUUUAACCUGUUCUGAGUGUGGAAUGAGUUUUGUAUAUAAAUCAAAGCUGAACAAACACAUGAUGAUUCACACUGGAGAAAAGCCUUUUACCUGCACUCAGUGUGGAAUGAGUUUCAGUUACAAAAGCUAUCUCAAUGAUCAUCUGCGCCGUCACUCUGGAUUGAGAUCAUUCAGCUGUGAUCAGUGUGAUAAAACAUAUGUUUAUGAAUCGGGCUUAAGAGCACACAUUAAAGUUCAUACUGGUCUGAAGCCUCACUUUUGUUCUGUAUGUGGGAAGAGUUUUUCACAUCUUGGAUCUUUAAAACGACAUGAGAGUAUUCAUACUGGUGUGAGACCUUAUGUGUGCUCUGACUGUGGGAAGACCUUCACUUCAUCCAACAACUUAAAAUCACACCAGAGAGUUCACACUGGAGAGAAACCGCACCAGUGCUCUUCAUGUGGGAAGAGUUUCAGCCAUUCAUUUACUCUACAGAAACAUAAGAAAAAGCAUUGCCCGAAGGUGUCUAAGUGAGCAAAGUUCACUUCCAUAACUUGAAAAUAAGAAAAAGAUGGAAUUACAUUUAAUACAGUAAUUUGUUCUAAAAUUAGUAUUGAAGUUUGAUUGUUUGAUAAGGGGAACCGGUUAAAAUGGUUGUGAACUGCAUUGUAAGUGUUGCAUGUGUUGUUCUUCCGACACCCGUAUUGAUCCUCUGUUGUGUUGCACAUGCGCAGUAAACACUGAGUGUUACUGUAUACAAGAUGAACUGAACAGUAAAGCAACAAUG